GAUGGUUAUCGUCACCGACUCAAACUUCCUGGAUGCUGCAGGUACUUUGCGCAAAGGACUUCUCUACUGUGAUUUUGUCGCCAUCGACUUCGAAUUUCUCGGUCUCGAUGUGUCGGCCAUUUCUCUUCAUGACACUGUUGAAAGUCGCUAUCAAAUUCUUCGUGACAAUGUCAUCAAGUAUCGUCCAUGCCAGCUAGGACUGACCUUAUUCAAGCAGAAGUCAAAUCGAGCAUACAAAGCCGACACUUACUCAGUUCCGCUGUUUCAACGGUUUGGUGAUAAUGAUACAAGCAUCUCGUUGCCGUCGAUGCGCUUCCUGGUCAAGAACAAGUUUAAUCUCAAUCAAGUCUUCAUGGACGGCGUGGAGUUCUGCACUAGGAAAGAGUUUAAGAAGUUCGAACGUGCACUUUUAGCUGGAACUGCCGCAAGCUAUCUCAGCAGAGAAGUCAAAUCUCAAAUCGAACUUCUCAAAGUCAUGGUUCACGAGAAAUGCUAUCAAUCCACUUCUUAUCAUAUUACACACCGUACCGAUGAGCCAAUGCAAAAGAUUCCACUGAAAAUGAAACCAAAUUCGUCUGUUUCGCUUCGAAUGCCACGGAACUUGAGCAGUGUCGAGAAGUACAUGAUAAUCUACGAGCUAACGAAAGCGUUCCCGCAAUUUCUGUUCACUUGUGACGAAAAACAACAAAAUUUGCAUGUGAAAAAUAUCUCCGACGAUUACCUCAAGGAAAAGGACAAUCUGGAAAGAGCUAGAGCUCGCUGUUCAGAAUCAGUUAAAGGAGUUUCAGCAAUCUUGCAAGUUGUUCAUAUGACUGGAAAACUCGUCGUUGGCCACAACAGUCUUCUUGAUGCCAUGUAUAUGUAUCAUUAUUUCUUCUCGCAUCUUCCUGCAAAUUAUCAGAUGUUCAAAGAUAAAUUCAAUGCACUGUUUCCGAGAAUUAUGGACACGAAGCUUCUUGCUCAAGCUCUUCGUUUCGAAUUGCCUGGAGUCGGUGAUUCUUUGGAGAAUCUCGGUGAUUAUUUCGGUUCCGAUAAGUCCGAUAAAACUGUUCCGCCCGAGCUUCGUGGGUUUAUUGAGCCAUGGAUGAACCCACUCGAAGAUGAAUCAGAGAACGUGUACCAUAAUGCUGGAUUCGAUAGUUAUGUCACCGGAGAAGUCUUCUUGAAGCUUGCUCACAUUUAUAUUAAUAGAAGGAACAACUUCAAGAACGAAAUCUUGGAUUUUGAUAGAAUCUAUCAAUAUCUUGAAGCUCCGAUUCUCAACCGUCUCCCCUUCCAACUUAUGGAUGUUGGCUGCUGCUACCUGACCGGUGAUGAUUCCAAAGGAUUCCGUCCAGAUGUCAUUACAAUAGUUCGAAGAGAUCGUGUUGCAAUCGAGGAGGACGAGUUCAGAUAUCUUGAGAAAGCGUUGGGAACUCUCAUGGCCACGUACCAGUUCGACAUCGAAUGGUCGAAAAACAAGAAGGAACUCUUCCUGGCCACCAAUUCACCUGGCUCAUACGCAUUCCUCUGCGAGAAGUUCUCGAACGAUUCGAGUCUUGCUCCCCUGGAUGAGCUGGAUAGCGGAAAGAAAUGGACCUUCGAACAGCGUCAAACAGCGUGGAGAAGCUUCAAAAACCGAGGAGUUGGAAUCGGGAUCAAUGCGAAAAGAAUCCGAGCUCAAAACCAAGCCACCAAGAUUCAAAGAGCGAUGGAAAUAUAACUAUAAUGUCAUAUGUUUAUUUCAAUUUUUUUCAAUCAUAAAUAUAUGUUGAAAA